AUGUAUGGUGAUAAUAGAAAAAGUGAUUUACUAUUAAAUGCAUUUAUUAUUCUCUUAGGAGAAAGUGAAGCAGACAUUCUUCAGCAGAAAAGUGAGAAACGUAUAAAAUAUCCAAAUACAAGAAACAUUAGUUUUUCAUCAGACGCUGAUUUAAAUUCCAAUGGAGUAAAACGUAAAACCAAUAUAACAAGUCAAAAACAACCUGUCAAAAGAAGAUUAAAUCUUGAAACAAAAAUUGCAAUGGAGCACGAAAAUAAUGAGAUAUUAAAAAGACAUUCUGAACUAUUAAAAAAAAGAAGAGUAAUUGAAUCUUCAGAAAGUGAAACCGACGACACAGAUGAAGAAGAUAGUUCUUCAAUUAAUUCUCAAAGUUUAAAUGAAAGCGAAACUGAGAAUGGAGGAGCGGAAUCAGAAGAUACUCACAAACUGACUAAUACUGAUGAAGAUAAUAUUUAUGACACAAACUCUAAAGAGAAACGACCUGCAAGCAGAAAAUCACCAUCUUCGCGAGCAACGACUGCUUCAUCAAAAAGAGAAUAUCGUGACUCAGAUUAUGACUAUCCUGGUGCUUCAUCCAGAAGAGAAUCUCGUGAUUCAGUUGGUCGAAAUUCCAGUGCUUCGUCUAGUAAUGUAUCUCGUGAUUCAAUUGGUUUAAAUUCCAGUGCAUCAACCGGAAAUGUAUCAUCUCGUUCAAUAAAUCAAAAUUCCGCUGCAUCAUCCAGAAGAGAAUCUCGUGAUUCAUUUAAUCCAAAUUCAAGUGCUUCAUCUAGAAGGGCAUCUCGUAAUUCAGUUGGCUCAAAUUCCGGUGCUUCGGCCAGAAGAGAAUCUCGUCACUCAGUCGAUCAAUUUUCCGAUACUUCAUCUACAGGAGAAUAUCGCGGUUCAGUUGAACAAAAUCCCAGUUCUGCUCUUAGAGAUCAAGAUUUAGAAGAAAAUAUUGAAUCAUCAAUAGACGAAGAAAAAGUUCACCUAGGAGAAAACGUUUAUGUAAGUUUGGAUAAAUGGGAAAUGAUUAAGAGGAAAAAAGACUCAUUAUUCGUCCGAGAUACGAUGGAUGUAAUUUGGAAAAGGUCAGUUCUUCAAAACAGAUGUUCAGAUGAAAAGAGAGCAAACGUAAGAAAUGAGAAUGAAGAAACUUACAGAAAACAAUUGACUCCCAAAAAAAUGGAUUUAUUAAAAAGUAAUUUUUUUCAUACUUUCCUCAUAGUUUCCUUUCAAUCUACUCAUUUUCUUCUUUGUUGUUUUUCUCUUCCUUUCACUUAUUUAUUUUUUCCAUCAUUCUUCUUUUUUUCACUUGUCCUGUUUUCUCUCCCUUCCUUCUAAUGCUCAACAUCUAUUUUUUUACACUUCAUAACUUUUUUUGGCUUCUUUUACACUUGCUAUUCUUUAAUUUGUAAUUCGUUUACAU